AUGGCUCCAGUUAGGCCCUCCCACUCUGGUCGCGGUAACCCUCAACGAGGCGGCGGCCCAAGGCGCGGACGUCCCAAUCACGGGGAAGAAAAGGCCUCGCCUAUCAUUCCGGCGCAGAACCUGCAGGCUUUUCAAGCCGCGGGUCGGCGUGAGGCUGAAAGACGGCAGGCAGCGGCUGCUAGGCAGCAAGAGGCGUCCGUCGAUGAUGGCGACUCGAGCAUGAUCGGUGUUGAGGAUUCUAAUCCCCAGCCCGGUCCUCCACGUGGAGGCUCUCGAACGUCUCGGGGGGGGCACCAUGGCCGUGGCGGUCGUGGAUCUCACUCUGGACGUGGUAGAGUCUACCACAACAACAAUCAGACAUGGCGCCAGUCAGGCACUUCGUCUUCCAAGAUGGAAGACAAGUGUCUCGCAACGGCUACCGCGUCCAAAAUGACUUGGGUGGCAAACAGUCAGGGUCAGAAGGCGGCCAGACUUGUGAACCACACCCCUGGAGGUGGCAACACCUUUGCCUUCGCCCAGCAACGACCCCACAAUCAACGUUGGGGAGUCUCACCUGGAUAUGGCGUAGACGACCAGGCCCAAGACCUCAUCAAGAGGUCAGGAAAGACCCAUGUGAUCUGGCAGCUGAUCGCGGUGGAUGAGGAGCUGUUCAAAACCAUCUCCGAAAAUGCCGUCGAGAAGACAAUUGAAGAUCACGAUGGCAAGAACUGCGACGGCAAGUCUGCUCUUCUCUUGCGAGGCUCGGUUGACCCUCAUCCCAAGCAAGAGGUAGAAGAAGAGGAAGGGUGCAAGGUGUGUGGUAACCCUGAUCACAACCUCAGCACCUGUUUCUCGCAGACGAAAGGAGGUGAGACCUUCGGCUGUCCUCAUUGUGAUACAGUCGAUCACUCUGGAAUGGAGUGCGACAAGAUCGCGAAACUUCCCUUGACCGAGCAGGUCAAGAUUCUUAUCACGGAUCGCGGCAACAUGACUGCGUUUCAUGAAGGCCCCAAGAAGAAUUCCUGGUGGAAGUUGUUGCACAAGUUCUGCAUGAGUGCAGAAUAUGACGAAGGACUUCUCGGAUCUUUCCCAUGGGGCAAGAAGCGUUGGAGCCAGUUCCGAAAGGAGGGGGACGACGUCAAAGAGCUUCAGAAGAAGUACGAUGCGAAGGAGGGGUUUAUUCCACCCCCAGAUACUUCCAAUGAUACACUUUUGAAGGUUGCUAAGAAGUGGUGGGACGGCGAAAAUCUCCCCUGGCCACGAGCCAAUCUUGGUGAGCGUCCUGUACCUCAGAAACGCGUCCGAGAGAGUGACCAGAACAUGGAAGAUGCUGCGACUGCCACAGUUGAACCACAACAAGCAGGACCAGAAGCUGGAGCCUCUACCGCAGCAAAUCCUGUUGCUGAGCCUCCUGCUGGACCAGCUACCUCUACUGCAACAAACACUGUUGCUGAGCCUGCCCCUGCCCCUGCCCCUGGCUCUGCCUCUGAUGCCCGUCAUCAAUCCUUCGUCUUCAACGUUCCAGAUGAGGAUGAGAUGAUUGGUGAGGGGGUAGACGAAGAGCAGAGCUUGGGUAAGGAGACCACGGACGGGGACUCAGACUUGAUUGACUAUAGUGACGAUGAAAUGGCGAUAGCUUAA